GCUGCUUUGUCACCGUCAAGCUAUAGUAUUUUUGUCUCUAUUAGCACAGAAUAAGCUGUAUUUUUAGUAAAGUGGCAUCCUGUUUUUGGUCACGUGCAAGCAAGGUCAUUUGGAGAGGUCACGGAGCUUGCUCAAAGCAACCAAAAUUUGUUUACUUAGUCAUUUCAACAAGUUCGUAUGUGUACUCGUUCGGUACAUGAAAUGGUUUUAAGAUUAUUUCAUAUCCUGUAUUAAUUGUAUAACGGUAUCUUUUACUAAAUUCUAAACUACUGCGCAGUUGGAUCUUGGUUUAAAUAUUCUUCCAUAAAUCAGAAGAAAAACAAGUUCUUUGAAAAUAAUUUCUGGAGGACAGUUCACUUACAAACAACUUCCAUUAACAAUCUUUGACAAUGAACCACUCAAUAAUGAACCAUAGUAUGAUGGACCAUUCUAUGAUGAACCACUCUUUGAUGAAUGCAAGUGGAUUCACUCCAACUACAACCAGCUUUCUUCAGGCUCUGAUGACUACUAUGACGGUGCAUCAGAUGCACAACCAUAAAUCCCCAUCUAAGAUUACAACUCCCUUUCCUAAACAUGAUCAUUUGCCAAAGGAUCACUCUCACUUCCAACCAUUGAUAUCUCCUAAUUUGCCAAAUAUAAAUGACCAUCCAGUACAUGAUCAUAAUAGUCAUUCAUCACAUGGUCAUGACAGUCCUUCAGCACAUGGUCAUGACAGUCCUUCAGCACAUGGUCAUGACAGUCCUUCAGCACAUGGCCAUGACAGCCCUUCAGCACAUGGCCAUGACAGCCCUUCAGCACAUGGCCAUGACAGCCCUUCAGCACAUGGCCAUGACAGCCCUUCAGCACAUGGCCAUGACAGCCCUUCAGCACAUGAUCAUAGUAAACAUCGUGUUGGUAAUUAUCUGGAGCAUAAUAUGCAGAUGUACUUCACAGCAGGUGUGGAAGUGACCAUACUCUUUAAACAGUGGCAUGUGACAACUGUUGGAGGCUUGAUUGGAUCAGCUAUUGGCAUAUUUAUUUUGGCAAUGCUUUAUGAAGGCCUGAAGUUCUUUAGGGAGCAUUUGUACAGGAGAAAUGCUUCUACAAUUCAGUACGCAACAGUUGCUGUUACUGGACAAAGUGGUAGUUCUGGUGUCACAGAAAUUCAAAAAGUAACAAGAAACAAGAUGAUGAGUUUUCCACACCUGAUCCAAACUCUUCUACAUGUGGUGCAGUUUGUGAUAAGUUACUUCUUGAUGCUUAUGUUUAUGACAUACAAUGUGUGGGUGUGUAUAGCAAUUGCUCUUGGCGCUGGAGCUGGAUUCUUUCUAUUUGGUUGGAAGAAAGCUACUGUUGUGGAUGUAACUGAACACUGUCAUUGAUAAUUUAAUAGAGUUUAAAUAUAAAAAAAAAAGUUGCUGUUGAAUGUUUAAAACUCUUAUUUAUCUAUAUAUCUAUACAUAUAUAAAUAAAUUUUGAAAAACAAAAACUUCUAUGGAGCUUGGCUUGCUGGUAUGACAGCCACUUGUAUCUGUUCUUAUUAGAUGUUUUGUCACAAGUUAAGCUCUGACAUGGUGAUACUAUAUACUUGUGUUAGUUUUAUGGUAGUUCAGUUAGACAUUAUGGAAGGAACAGUGUCCAAUAAAAAUACACAGUAAUUAUUUCCCACAAAGACAAACCAUUUGUGUAACAGUUGAUCUUUGUCUUUAUUAAUAUACUCAUUUUAUAAGUUAUAGUUAAGUGGAUUCAAAAACUUUGGUUGGAAAUUAACUAAAAUAUGUUUAAAAUUUUUAAAUAUGUGGUUAUUGGCAGCUCAUUUGAAGUUUCUUAAGUUUUAUUAAUUUUAAUUUUGUCUGACAAAUAAUAAUAUUCUUGUUAGUACUGACUAAAUGAAACUUAAAUAUUUUUUUAUGAAUUCACUUUUAUUGAAUUAUCAAAAACACUGUGGCAACAAGCACUGUGUCUAGAAUUUAGUAAAACUUUAGGAUAAUGAAAGACAAAUUUACAAUGUAAAUUUGUAUGAACUAAUGGAAACUUUGAGAAGUACUGUAUGAUUUUUUUGUUUAAUAAAACUACUUAGUUAAAGAAAGAACUGUAAUAUUUGAAAUCAUGUUUACAAGUGGCAGUACUAUGGUACUAUGAAAAAUAAUGUAAAUUUACUUGUUAUGACUUGCAUAUUUUCAGUUCCUCUCAUGAAGGUACUAUUGGAUGAUUUUAGUCAUAUAUUGUUAUGUUCUCUUUGUGUUAUGAACUUUAACAUUAAAACAAAAAUCACAUUUUUAUCGUCAUAUGUGGAAAUAAGAAAAGGCUUACAAUCCAGAAAAAAAUUAUUAUUUAGUCUAACAUUUUAAAUUAAACUCUUGUACUUUUCCUAUAAAUUAACUUGUUUGUUGAACAAUUUUUAAAUUGUCUAUUUAUGUUAAGGUAAAUGUUACCAAUUUUGAGGAAGUGGAACAGCAGAGUAAUAAGUAACUUGUACAAGACCUCAUGACCCACACUUCUUUUAUAUUUAUAGUGCUUGAAUAGUAGAGUAAUCUGUAAACAUUCCGUUGGUCAAAAAACUUCAUUAGUUUGCGUUGUGCGUAAAGUAGCAUACCACCAGCAAAAUACUAAAUAUCUACUUGUAUACCAACUUUUAUCUAAAUCAGUGUAGUAGUUUAAAAAUGCAUUAAUUAACAAAUAGAAGACUGUAAAAAUAUACAUAUUGAAAUGGAUCGUUAAAUUACAUAUUGGAUAAUCAAUUUGCAGAAAUGGACAUAUUAACCCUCUUAAAUAUUGAUAGGUGAUUAAUGAGCCUCACAUUAUUAAAAAGUUUUAACUCCUUAGAAUUUUUAAACUAGCAUGACAUAUCCACGGACAGAGAGCACACUAAAAAUGGUUUGUGUUGGAUCAUGUUAAAACUAUUUUCUAUAUUUAUCAGUUUGUGUGAUGAGACUCGUAGAAAAUGUGUCGGUACAAACUAAACAGUGUUUUCAAUAUUAUUCAAACUUAUCAAAGUAAGCUUAAUAUUUGAUAAUGCAAGAUGUCUAAUUAGAUGAUAUUUGCAGAUUUGGAAAAAGAGUUUUUAAGCUUAUUUUUUUAAAGUUUACUGAAUGGAAAAAGAUGCAAAACAUGUGGUGGAAAAUGUCUUGAAAGAUAGCCAGAUGAGUUAGUGUUGCAUGUUUCAUUCCAUUAUUAGUGACAUUUAAUAUGACACUGUACAGGACCACUGAUGUCUUAAGCAAAAUAUGUAUACGUAUUAUUGGCACACAGUUCCAUUGAUUUCUGGAAAACUAAAUUUGUACAUUUCUUAAUGUUAGAUUCAUGUGUAACAAAGAUAAUGUUCUAUUUCUCAAGUACAAUACUCUUGCUUUUAACUUGUUAACUUCUGUUGCUUAAAUAACUUGUGAUUGGUAACUAAGAGAAGUUUUUGAUGGUGAUGUAUGAGUUUUUACAAAAAAAAAAGUGUUUAACAUAAUGUAGAGGUAAUCAUAUGGUGUAAUGUGUUUUUGUUGUAUGUAUGUUAACCUGAUACUAUUCAUAUAUUACUUUCUAUCAGCUUGUUAACAUACAGAGAUUUAAGCCUACUCAUAGCUUGAAAAGAGAAUCUUAAGUGGGAAAUAUAUCUUGUAACAGAUUGACUAAGAAAAAAAAACUAAUAUUGUAGUAAAAGUGAUUUAAGUGAACUAUAUGAACAUUUUUAGAAACUGUCAAAGUUUAAAGCUCUAAUUACACGUGUAUAAUACAUAGUAAUGAGACUCAAUAAUUAUUCUUGAGAUGUGGUAUAUAUUGUGGUGUUUAAUGCCAUUAUUUAUUUGUUUGAAAACAUUCCUAGAUGUAUAACCUUGAGAAUAUGAAAGAGGAUUAUAAAUGAAUAAUUAUCAGUUUAUUUUUAGAUGACAAUUGUCAUGAAAAGUUUAAAAACAAAUGCUAUGGUUCUUCUUGAUGAAAAUCAUGUUCAGGUACUAGAAAAUAAUUUUUUUGAUAUUAAAGAGUUGAUAAAGAAUUGCCUUAAUUUAAAUAUGAUGUAAAUUCAGUUAUCCUGCUAGAUAACAAAAACAGCCUUGUGAAACUGGUUAAAAUGGCAUAUGAUGUAAUAGUUAUGAUUUUGAGAGUAUCAAAAAUAAGUGUUUAAAGCACCAAUAGACAGUUAUCUUUGCUGAAAAAAAACUUUUACAUAUAUUUAAUGGCUUUAAAUGUUUAAUUGUAAUUGAAAAAUAAAGUCAGUCUUUGUGGUGAUAAUGGUUCACAAGUUAGACUGUGUUGGGGGUCCAAAAGUGGUUUUAGAGUUUUAGUAGGUACUAUUUGUUUUUUUAUGUAAACAAAUGUUUUUGUGUGUAUAUUUCUAAUUAAAAUGGUGUUUUUUUUUCUAUUUAAAGAAACCAAUGUGUUCAGUAAAAUGUGCAAUUAAUGCAAACUAUAACAUGUUCACAAAAAUAUAUUCUUUUGUAUGCUAGAAAGGAAGUUAACAUGUUAAAUAUUCACUUUUGAUAAGACUACAUUUAAAUAGGGUAUGGAACUAACCUUUUGGUUUUCACUUAUAACUUUAUAGUAUAAAUGAUCAGUAGCCACCACUCUUUCAGAGAGCAACCAGUUUUAACAGGAAUAACACUGUAUUUACUCACAAGAUAUCAAUUUGUUUGUGUUUUAUGGUUGACCUAUCUUCGAGAAAGUAGUUUGUCUAUUUGAUCAUACUGGAUUUGGAGCAGAAAGAUAUCACUUUUAAAUCAUUACAUCAUUUAAAGCUGAUUUAAAAUCAGGUAAUAACUAUAUAUAAUAUGUUCAUCACUUAUUUUAAUUGCUUCAAUAAAUGAGAAGUGUUAAUUCUUGGUUAUUGUAAUGAAAAUAGUGAAAGUAACUUUAUUCAGUUUUCUGUAUAUGUGUAUAUAUAUAUAUAUAUUAUUUUUUUUUUUCUGAACUUUCCUUUCACAGCAACUUAUUGUGGUUUUUAGAUUUAGUUUAUAAUCAUAUUGUUUCAAGUUAAAUUUUGAAUUUGUUUCUUGCAGUUGUUUCGUUUUUGUUAUUAUUUAGAAAACGUUAAAUUCAGUGUUCAUUGGUUGAUAUUGUAUAGAAACAGUAAUCCUGUAGUGUUCAGUAAGUAAAUGAAAAACAACGUUGUAUAACACA